AUGAUUUCCAGCACGUAUGUCGCUCCUGCUGCCGCCUCUGGACUUACCACGCCGAUAGCGGCUUCAGACCAGGACAUCUAUCCUGCCAAAAUCCCGUCCUGUCUGGGAGCAUCACGGCCCUGGUCUGGUGUCGAGCAAAUCUGGAUUGCAUCAAUCGCCGAGCUCGCAACCGACUCUCGAUUUGAGCACUGCCCUUUGGUCUUUGUGACUCGCGGACAGAUCCCGCAGACCAUCGACCUCAGCCUCCUCGUCAACGGCUGCCCGCAUAUCGUGCGCAUCUCGCCGGCAGAUCGCCCCAUCACCGUCAGGCCCGAAGACACCCGCAUCAUCCAGCGGUUCCAUUUCCGGCUGCUCUACCAUGCCUUGCGAAAGACAAAGGACGCCAUCCAAGAGGACGACGACUUUGCCUUCCUAUUCGCUCCGGCUGUCCACAACCCAGUCUCGGGCGAGGUCGACAUCGACUGGCUGGAACUCGAGCGCUCGUUCGACUUUGAUCCUGCCUCGUUCAGCGUGCGCACGGCGAUAGAGAACAACGACCCACUGCUCAGCGAGUGUGUCCUCGUCGACCGCUACUACGAUCGGCACAAGAAUCGCAUCUAUCUCAUCCAAAAGAUCGAGCACGAUCUGUCGCCUUUCAAGCCGACAUCGCUUGCCGACCCCACCAUGAGCACGGCAAAACACUACCUCGAGCGCUUCCACGCCAAGGACGAAAUCGAUCCCAACCAGCCUCUGGUCAGAGUGCUUCGGCUCGAUAGGAUCUACCGAGAUAACCGCCCACAGCCGCUCUCGCCCAUCUCCUUUCUGAUCCCCCAGUUCUGCGCGAUCCUGCCGAUCAAGAAGCAGCACCUCGUCUACGCCCUGAAGCUGCCGAUGCUGAUGCUCGAGCUAUACCACCAACUCAACACCCUGGAGAUCUGCUCGGUCCUGCAGCUGCCGAUGGCGACUGUCAGCCGCGUUCAGACGGCUCUGACGGGCACGCAAGCGCAUCGGCCGUGGAGUUACGAGCGGUUGGAGACCCUUGGCGACAGCUUCCUCAAAGUGUACCUUGCCGUGCACUUUUUCUCAACGACGCCGUGCGACGAGAGCUCGCUGCACCUUCUUAAGAUCCAGAUGGAGCGCAACGAAAAGCUGGCCAUCAUCGGCCGCGAGCUGGGCGUGGCAAACUACUACCUCAUCGACAGGAUGGAGCGGCAGGACUGGAAGCCACCCAUGUCCCGUGAGGUCGUCGCGAUGUCGACCAAGAUGCUGGCAGACGUUGUCGAGGCUCUGAUCGGAUCGCAGGUUGUGUACGACUGGAGGGCGGCUGUCCGGCUGCUCAGCUCGCUCUACGGCUCGAUGUUCCGGCCAAGCUUUGCCGAGUAUGUGCUGCAAUGGGCACAGAUCCGCGAGGAGGUCCUGACGAAGAAGAAGAAAAAGCACAUUGUCGUGACCGAGGAUCGGCGGCAAGCGCUCUCGAAAAUCGAAGACAUGAUCCACUACCGCUUCACGGAUUUACGCCUUUUGUCCGAGGCGCUUACACACUCGGGCUCGAACAUGUGGCAGGCUGCGCGGAAUCCGUUGAGCUUCUCGGCCGGACGGAGCAGCGCUGCUGCCUCGUAUGAGCGGCUCGAAUUUAUCGUAACUCGGUUUCUGUACGCCCGCGAUCCGCCUUUGACACCGCACCAUCUGACCGACAUGCGAUCCGAGUUCAUCAGCAACCAGUUCCUUUCGUGCGUCGCCAUCGCACUGGAUCUGCACAACGUCAUCUCCAACGCAAGCGCGGGUCUCUGGGACUCGCUCGUCGAGUUUGACGGGCUGUUCAAGGCCCAGCUCGAACACUAUCCCAGCAACCCAGGCUUCUGGAAGGCGUUGCCCAAGGCACCCAAAGUCUUUGGUGAUCUGUACGAAGCCAUGCUCGGUGCCGUCUUUGUCGACUCGGGCUUUGACAUCGACUUGGUUUGGGGCAUUGUGAGACGGACCCUGAUUUGCCCGUGGUGGGACUCGGCCGCACGGUCGCUCGGCCCUUCGAACAUGAUCGAGGUCGGAUGCUUGCAUCCCACGCAGAAGCUGUACUGGUGCAUCGAGGAGCAACUUGGGUGCCAACGGGGACUGGAGUUUAGGUUUGUUUGA